AUGCCAGACACCACAGACGACGAGAAAGCGGGCUUGUAUCUAUAUUCAGUGCCGCCACCCUACGCUGAUGACGAAGAUGAAGCCGGCCCCUCGUCUAUGGGAUCAUCGGCAUCUUCAAAUAUCAAUGCGCCUUCAACCGCCGCCGAACGACAGAGCUUCCUCCCGCGCGGACUUGUCCGCCACGAGCCAGAUUCAACAGACGGAAAUGGAAACACGUCGAUAGAUCUCUCUACGCCGAGAUCAUCCACCGAAUCCGCGGCCGCUCUGCAGCGCGAGAUCGUGCAGAUGGAUCAGAUGGACAUCAUCGAGCCGCCACAGUUGAAUCUGCUGCGCCCCAGCAUCUCCUCACGCGUUGUGACCUCGAUACAGAAACGGCUGUCGUCAAUGGGCCGGUUCAGGCCACGAAUGCCGCGGAUAAAAUUCCCAAGAAUAACAUUGUUUGACGGGAUGUCGCAGCGGUUCACCUUCUUGGCGGCAAUUUUCUACUCGAUCUCGCUAAACUACCAUACCAUCACCAGCACUGUCUCGAAUGCUUUCAACAAACGGCUUGAGUCACUGGGAAACCCACUACUGAUAAAACGCCUCUCGAUCGUGUUUUUGCUGACGGUUGGGAUGUGGGCUAUCGUUGCCUCUGAUCUAAUCCCGCUGAACGGGACGGGUCCAGGAUACUCUCUUCCGCCACGGCAGUACGGUAUCAACGAUAUGCGGCGGUUCUUUUUCCAGUCGGUUGAAGUUGAGUUGCUAUCGGAGCAGCUGCACAGUUUGGCAAAGAUUCCACAUCUGGCAGGAACGAGCGGCGACGUGGCGGUGGCGGUCCAGAUCCAAAAGUAUCUGUUGGAUAUGAAGACAUUUGAUGAGGUCGAGAUGACGCAGUAUGAAGUGUACUCUACUUUCCCUGACGCGAGUAACACUGCGUUGCAGCUGCUAUCUCGAAAUGGUAAACGGGAUGGUGCGGCUACGUUUGAAGUAUCGUUUGAAGCGAACUUGACCGAGCCAGAGGCGGUGCCGGGAAUGGGCUCUCAGGAGCCGUUUGCAUUUCAUGCCUUGUCGGCCGCAGGCGAUGUGACUGGCCACAUCGUAUACGCAAACUAUUGUACGCGGAAGGAUAUGGCGCAGCUGAAAGAAUACAGUGUCAAACUGAAUGACUCGAUUGUGUUUUGCCGGUACGGGCUUGUCCACGAGUCGCUGAAGAUCAAGCUCGCCGAGCUCUACGGCGCUGCAGGGGUGGUCUUAUUUCGAGACAAGGCGUCGAGCGAUAUGGUUUCGUACCCUAAUGGAACCGCUAUUCCGGAAGAUGCAGUGCAGCGCGGUAGUGCAGGGCUCAGGAACUGGGCACCGGGCGAUCCUCUUAGCGAAGGGUUUCCGUCCACUCCGGUCUCGGCUCGGAAUUCAAAAGAGAACUCUACGGCGCUUGUACAUAUCGCGAGUAUUCCAAUCUCAUGGAGUAACGCGAAGCAGUUUCUGGCGGCCUUGGAUGGAUACGGAACAAAAGUACCUUCCUGGAAAACAAAUUUCGACGGCGUUGAUGCGUGGUAUACAGGCUCAGAGGACGGUCCACGAGCACAUCUAGUGAGCUCGCCGGUGGAAAAAGAGCGGCAUCCGAUAUAUAACGUGGUCGCAAAGAUAGAAGGCAUGGAGCAGGCGGACCAGAUUGUGAUUAUCGGCGCCCAUCGCGAUUCGUUCUGUUACGGUGCUUCGGACGCGAUGUCGGGUACUUCGGUGAUGCUGGAAGUUGCUAGGAUAUUGGGGUACCUCAAGUCCGGGUAUAGCUGGCGUCCUCGGCGCACAAUCUAUUUCAUCUCGUGGGAUGGUACAGAGGAGAAUCUGAUGGGCUCUACGGAGUGGGUCGAGGAUAACAUUGAAAAACUGAGAAGAGGAGGAGCAGCAUAUAUUAAUCUCGACCAGGCAAUCAGUGGAUCAGUGCUGCGUGCGACUGGAGAUCCCUUGCUUGAGUCUAUUUUUUUGAGAUCGCUCAACUAUCUCACUGAUCCGUUUCACAAUGCGACCUUGAGACAUCUGUGGGGCAAGAAGCAGGUUUCGUAUCCUGAAGGAGACCGAGAUACUUUGCCUUUCCAGAGCUAUGCAGGAAUCGCAUCAAUCGAUCUCGGCUUCGCGUCUCCCGGUGGCUUUCCCACACGUACCUGUUUCGACAACCUGGAAUGGAUGAACUCGUUCGGCGAUCCAUCCGAGGUCCAGGUCGGCUCGAAACUCGUCGAGCUCGAGGGUCAUUUUUCGAAAGCCUCGGAUGGUAAUCCGUACGUCUACCACAAGCUGUUGACGCAGCUCGUGGGCUCGAUGACAAUUACUUUGUGCGAUGAGAUGAAUCUUCCGUUUGAUUUCGCGGCGUACGCUCGAGCAGUCAUAUACUUUGCCAACGAUCUGCAAUCCUACGCGGGCCAGGUGCAUCUCGACAUCAGCAAGAUCCGCGAGGCGGCGGCGGAGCUGCAAAAGAGCGCGGUGGCGAUGGACAAGUGGAUCAAAGAAUGGAUGGACGAGUGGGUGAUUAUGGCGCCGACCGAGACGGCGGCGAUGGCGCAGCAUCGGUUUAGUCGGAAUUCGAGAAUGAUUAAUUUCGAAAAGCAUCUGUUGGAUCUCGACGGCGUGCCGGGCCGCUCGUGGUUCAAGCACGUCCUCUUUGCCCCGCAGCAAUGGCCGCCAGCGGACCCAGAGUCCCACAAAUUUUUCGCAACCGGCACGUUAGCAGCUGUCCGAGACGCGAUAGAACAAGGAGACAAGGAGGAAGCGCAGAAGCAGCUUGAUGAGAUUUCCGCUGUUCUCCUUGCCGCGUCCAAGAAGUUGGUCAAUUAGCAGCUUUUUAAACACUUUAGCAUUUU